UCCAGACACACACCCACCUCGCUCGCCCGCCUCUCGUCCCUCCUCACUCCACGCGCUCUCAGCGCACCUCGCUCUCCUCCUCCCCUACCUCUCGCACUUUCCAUUUUCGUCUCCCCCUCCUCCCGGGACUCCAGCGCCUUCCAAAGCUCGCUUCCCCUUUGGUCCCUUCGAUUCAAUUCCGAUCUCCCGGCCGGGCAACCUGUGCUGUCUGGUGAUCUCGGCGGCCGAACGAACGCCAUGGCUCGCGGCGACGGCGAGCUGGAGCUCACGGUGGGCGUCCGCGGCGCCGGGGGCGGCGGCGCGGCGGCUGACGCCCCGGUGCCGAUCAGCCUCGGCAGGCUCAUCCUCGCCGGCAUGGUCGCCGGCGGCGUGCAGUACGGGUGGGCGCUGCAGCUCUCCCUCCUCACGCCCUACGUGCAGACUCUGGGGCUUUCACAUGCCCUUACUUCAUUCAUGUGGCUUUGUGGUCCUAUUGCUGGAUUAGUGGUUCAACCCCUCGUUGGCCUGUACAGUGACAGGUGCACCUCCAGAUGGGGAAGACGGAGGCCAUUCAUUAUGACAGGAUGUCUGCUCAUUUGUCUUGCCGUUGUGAUUGUUGGAUUUUCAUCAGACAUUGGAGCUGCUCUAGGCGACACAAAGGAAGAGUGCAGUCUCUACCAUGGUCCUCGCUGGCAUGCUGCAAUCGUCUAUGUUCUGGGGUUCUGGCUACUUGACUUCUCCAACAAUACUGUGCAAGGCCCAGCUCGUGCUCUAAUGGCUGAUUUGUCAGGUCAUCAUGGCCCUAGCGCAGCUAAUUCAAUCUUCUGUUCUUGGAUGGCGUUGGGAAAUAUCCUAGGGUACUCCUCUGGUUCCACCAAUAAUUGGCACAAGUGGUUUCCGUUCCUGAAAACAAAAGCCUGUUGUGAAGCCUGUGCAAACCUGAAAGGUGCUUUUCUGGUGGCUGUGGUAUUCCUGAUGUUCUGCUUCACUAUAACCCUGAUCUUCGCCAAGGAAGUGCCAUACAGAGGAAAUGAAAACCUCCCAACAAAAGCAAAUGGUGAGGUCGAAGCUGAACCUACCGGCCCGCUUGCUGUGUUCAAGGGCUUCAAGAACUUGCCCCCUGGGAUGCCGUCCGUGCUUCUUGUGACCGGCCUCACUUGGCUCUCAUGGUUCCCGUUCAUCCUCUACGACACCGACUGGAUGGGUCGUGAGAUCUACCACGGCGACCCGAAGGGGACCACCACUCAGGUCGCCGCAUUCAACGAAGGUGUCAGAAUAGGCUCGUUCGGGUUGCUACUCAACUCGAUUGUCCUAGGGUUCACCUCCUUCCUGAUCGAGCCGAUGUGCCGGAAGGUGGGCCCGAGGCUGGUGUGGGUGACGAGCAACCUUAUGGUCUGCGUCGCCAUGGCCGCCACCGCGCUCAUCAGCUUCUGGUCGCUCAAAGACUACCACGGAUACGUGCAGGACGCCAUCACCGCGAGCUCGAGCAUCAAGGCCGUGUGCCUGGUCCUGUUCGCGUUCCUGGGUGUCCCUCUCGCUAUUCUGUACAGCGUCCCGUUCGCCGUGACGGCGCAGCUGGCGGCAACCAAAGGCGGCGGGCAAGGGCUCUGCACCGGCGUCCUGAACAUCUCCAUUGUCAUCCCUCAGGUGAUCAUCGCGCUGGGCGCGGGGCCGUGGGACGCGCUGUUCGGCAAGGGGAACAUCCCGGCGUUCGGCGUGGCGUCCGGCUUCGCCCUCAUCGGUGGGAUCGUGGGCCUCUUCCUCCUGCCCAAGAUCUCGAAGCGCCAGUUCCGGGCCGUCAGCGGCGGCGGCCACUGAGCCCGGGCCCCCGCGCCUGGCCGGCCGGGCCAGGCCGCCGGCGUGCAAGAAGCAGAGUUUGCAUGUUCAUCAACAGAAUAAGAAAGGGAAACAGUCGUGUGUGUUGUACUUUGUCGUGUGAGUGAGAUAGGCUUGGGGCAAGUGGAGAGGUGAAGUGAGCAUCCGGCACCAGCUGGUUACCAAGGGUCUGGUCUCUGCUAAGCUAGCUAGUGUAAGGAGCGAUCGAGUAGGUCAGUUAAAAAAGAAGGCUGGUGCGUCGUGAGGGCUCGGUCGGCCGGCAGCGGUCGCGCUUGCUCCUGUUGUUGUCGAUCUUUGUGUGUAGCACAGCGGACUGAUCCGUCAGGGGAAAAAAGGGAUUCGAAUUCGGUCAAUCAUUGUGCA